UCAGCGAGCGUAGGCACCGCAACGAUGACGACGCGCGACAGUCAGACCACUGCCAAAGUCACAACGACCGCCGCGACGAGCAUGACUUGUGACGAACACGAAUACGACGAGUAUUGUCCGGAGCAAUACGAUGCGCAUCAUCACCACCAUCACGGCUCUACACAGACACAGACGCAAACGCAGUGUGAGCGUGACCGAGAACGUGAACGCGAUCGGGAGCGCGAACGCGAACGCGAGCGCGAACGUGAUGCGCAUCAUCGCCACAGCUCAUCACGCGCUGGAGCUGCCGCGUCCGCACUGAAACACCAACGUGCCGCCACCUUCGAUGUGGCCGAUGCGCGCGACUACGAACUGCAACGACUGGGCAAUCGACGCUCACAACAGCAACAACAGCUGCAGCAGCAGCUGCAGCAGGCAACCGGCGGUGGUGGCAGCAGCAGCAAAUACCGUGGCGCUGAACAUCGCGGUGAGCGUACGCACGAUCGUGAACGCUCACGUAGCGAUCACCGCAUUGCCACCUACGCCUGCGACGAUACAGCGCUUUGCGGCAGCAGCAUUGGCGGUCAUCAAAAUCAUCUGGCCAAUGGUGGCGUCACACAGUCGAGCAGGCAGCAGCGGCGCGAAAAAACGUUCAAAGUAUGAUUUUUAGAGACGUCAUAAAAAUUUUCCCCUCCCUCUACGGAGGCGUACGGUAAACAUGCGACAGCAGCGGCGGCUUACAGUUGGUAAAUUGUUGCGGCAAUGAAUCAGCGUGGCAGUCCGGCGGCCAAUCGACGGCAGAGUUGAGCAACCGCAAUGUGGGCGUGUACUUGUGCGUUAAGUGGAGGGCAGUGUGGCAGCAGCGCGGCGGAUUUAUAAUAAUAAUUGUGUGCAACACAGCACAAAUUUCCAACACCAAAAGAAAAAACAAGAA